GAAAUGCAAAGGAACCGCGGAUCUUGCAUUUGCAUCUGGGAAUUCCUUCCGUUAUGAAGUGAAAUUUGCUGACAGAAAGUCCGCGGUGAUAAAGUCCCAAGGAUAAGAAUGGGGCGUGGUCCAUCAAGUGCCAUGGGAUGGACUUGUUUAAAUACUUAAGGUAGGUACCGGAUACUUCUCAUUGGAUUGUUUUCGGCUCAAUUGAUUUCUUUCUCCAAGCCAAAAUCGACAAUUGUAGCACUUGUAGCACUUGUAGCACUUGCUCUACUUGAUUUGCUUUCAAUCGACAAUAUGGAGAAUAAAGACACAUCGAGGAAAGUGGUUUCAGACACCGGAUCACAAAUAUCUGUGACCAAUGUUGGCCGUGAGGCAUUGGCUGACGCACUUCCACCUCACGAAUCAUAUGAAGGAGCUCAUAGAUAUGAUCCAGCUGCUACAUGGACGGAAGCAGAGGAAAGAAAAGUGAUCCGAAAGACUGAUCUUUAUCUUUUGGUGUGGAUUUGUGUCAUGUUCUUCGGAUUGCAACUUGAUAGAGGAAAUUUAUCCAACGCUACAGCGGAUGGUAUUCUGAACGAUUUGAAGCUUACUACCGAUGACUACAACAAUGGAAAUACGAUUCAAUUGAUGUGUUUUAUGACAGCUGAAUUCCCGGUCCAGUUCUUGACCAAGCGUUAUGGAUUCAAACAUAUUCUUCCGAUCAUGAUGAUGCUUUGGGGUACCGUCUCCUGGACUCAGUCUUGGAUGCAUGAUCGUACAUCUUUCUAUAUUACUCGUGCCCUCAUUGGACUCUGUGAAGGUGGUUUCAUUCCUGGUACAAUUCUCUUCGCGACAUAUUUUUACACGUCAAAGGAACUAUCCGUUCGUCUCGCUUGUUUUUGGUCCACACUCAACAUCGCGAGAGUAAUCUCGGCUUUACUUGCUGCUGGUAUCCUCACAAUGAGAGGAGUAGGUGGCAGACCAGGAUGGUUCUAUUUGUUUCUGAUCGAAGGACUAUUUACUUUUUUAAUCGGUUUUAUCAGUUUCUUUUACCUACCCCAAUCGCCAACGCAGACCACCAGUGUUUUAUGCCGCAAUUCAUGGUAUACAGAGCGGGAAGAAGUAAUUAUGGUGAAUCGAAUUCUUCGGGAUGAUCCAGCAAAAGGGCUUACAGCAUUGAGAGAACCGGCCACAUUCAAAGACAUUCGUGAGGCAUGGGGUGACUCUUCCAUGUGGGGUCUUUACUUCAUCGGCUUGGUAGCAUAUAUUCCCGCAACACCCGUUCAAUCUUAUAUUACACUCACAUUGAAGCGCUUGGGAUAUUCCACCUUCAAUUCGAACAUGCUGACUAUUCCAUCUGCUGCCAUACAAAUAGUCACUAUGCUUUCACUUGCAUACAGUAGUGACUUUUUUGACGAACGAACGUUUCACUGUAUUUUCGGAGAAUUUUGGAUAUUGCCGUUACUCACGGCACUCUUGACGAUCCCUGACGGUGGAAGAGAGUGGGGUAGAUGGUCUUUGGUGACAUUGAUUUCUGGAUACCCCUAUUUCCAUCCCAUUGUCUCCGCUUGGAUUUCAGAAAAUACAUUUGACGUCAAGAAGCGCGCUAUUACAGCAGCGACUUACAACGUUAUCGUACAGAUUGGAUCCUUGAUCGGUUCUCAAAUCUAUCGCAAAUAUGAUGCACCAUAUUACAAGCAAGGAAAUAAGGUUCUUAUUUCCAUUUGUGCGUUGUCACUUGUGACAUUUGCGGUGCAAAGACAAUACCUGAUUGUGUUGAAUAAAAGAAAGGAAAAAGUUUGGGAUCAAAUGACCCUUGAAGAGAAGGCAGAAUAUCAAAAUGAUAGUGCGGCGAGAGAGAAAGAUGGUAACAAGAGACUUGACUUUAGAUUUAAGUAUUGAUAUCGGGGUUGUUGAAGAGAACGGUUGGAUUGGGGGAGAAAAAUUGAAAGUGGUAUAAUGAAGUGGUAGUGUAAUGAAUUAUGUCUCCAUGCACCACGAAUGGUGUGGAAACAAAUUCAAAUAUACGAAAGUCAUGAAUUGAAUGUGUGAAUGGCGGAAACAUAUAGUUGAAAUAUAUGAUUCUGAAGAGGUUGAGUGGAAAUGCUAGUCUGCAUAUGUGUGCAAAGGGCUGGAAGUGUUUUGAUGAGAGUACAUGAUGACCUUUCUUGGAAAUCACAAGAGUCACAUCAAGGCGUUCUGGCUGAGCAGGAACACACGGCUAUAGACUUGGCUUUAAUUCGCAAGGUCCCCUGGAGCGGCUUGGCUUUCAACUUUGUACUAAUAGAACGAGGCGUAUUCUCCUUCUA